AUGUCUUUACAGUUUAUCAAACCCAAACCAGUGAGUCUACAUUCAUCUCCAUCUCGCCCUACGAGUUUAUAUGUAACACCACCCCUUGAAUUGCCUGAUGACGAAUGCAAUGACGACCACAAGUUGGAGCAACAGCUGAAUAGUACCUUGACACCGCUUAGUUCCCUCAAGUCAAACACUACCUUCAAACCAGACCACCAUCAACAAAUACAGGAACAGCAUGUCACACCCGCGAUUCCAUCAUUGACGAUAUCGACGCCUCCAAUUACUCCAAAAGAAGAUGACUUAUCCUUUUUCAAACCGCCCCCCAAAAUGGCUUCAUCAGGGAACAAUUUACAACCGGACAAUGGCAGCAGCGGCAGCAGCAAAGCUACAUCAGAACCGAACUCGCCAUCAUCAAGCACAUCAAAGAAAAUUUUAUCUUCACCUGCUCGAUUUGUCAAGCGUCUUUCCAUGAGGUUAAGAAGCAACUCAGAAGUGGAUCUAAAGAGUGCCACUAAACCCUCAACUAAAACUACAGACACCAACAGUGUUGCUCCACCAUCACCAGACUCUAGCAAGUUUAAUCUAUCAUCAUCUUGUCUCGAUACAGGUUCAACAACACCAGAGGAAGCGAGAAGUCUAUAUAGUGGUAAAUCAAUAAGGGUUAAAGUGCCACGACGUCCGACAAAGAGGUCGCCGAUGUCAUCAUUAAAAAAUGAAACGAAAUCUUAUACUGUGAGUGAGCUGGGAUCACCACGCAAAAAGGAUUCUUUGGACAGGACCCCGGUGGAUUCGCCCAUUUUGCAAUUAUCACACUCAUCACCUGCUUCACCAAAGAGUGGAAGUGAUGUAAACCAUAAUGCUCCUUAUAAACCCCCAUCAGCCCAUUUCAGUGAACAAAUAGACUUUGCUGACUUUGAAGAUGAAACUUUUAGGUUUUACGAUUCGUCUAGGGAUUCAAUGAUAUCUCUUGGACCAAAGUUGGAUGUACACAAUGGGGUUGCUACCAAGCACCUGAGUAUAGGAGGAGAGUCCGAUAUUUUCCGCACACCACCGCCAUACCGAGAACCAGUGAGUUCAGGAGCAAACCCACUUGAUGAUAUAUUGGCAACCGAUAAGACACAGCUGAAACAAGGCCAGCCACUUCCAACUCGUCACAACAUUUCCUUAAUCCAGUCACGAAAAUCACAAGCUAGCUAUUCACCAGUUGAAUCUAACCCAUUUCUCAGACUCAAUAUUUUUCUUGAAGAUUCUCAAUCAACACCACCACCUCCUGCUACAUCAACAUCAGAUCAUCCCGAUUUCAUCGCCAUCAAACUUCGUAAAGACAAGUUGCAGAAUAUAAAUGAACUAAUCAAUGUGAUUAUUUUCAAAAUUAUGAACAAGAAACCAAACAUCAAGGUCAAUGACAUAAAUUUGAGUAUAUUCUUCAAAGACCUGCAGUUGAAACCAAUAUCAUUGAGAGAGCCAGUAAAAAAGAGUAGCCACACAGAACACAAGAAGGAGGUGGUGCUGUUGGAUAAUGGUGGGUUGUUGUUGGAUUACGUCCAAAUGAAGCGGAAAUUGUACAUUAGAGCACAAUUUUGA